AACUAGCAUGUUUGUGUGUCAUACCACUUAAAGUGUUGUGAGGCUAGAAGUUGACGUAUUUCGAAUUGGAGUCGUCCGGCUUUGUACAGCCGUGGAUGACACGCCAGAACUGGCACACUAAGGAGGUGUCAUCAGUUCCUUCAAGAGACAGUUUUUAAAGAAACAUGUCUGCAGUGAGAGCCCGAGACCUAAAUCCCUGUUUGAAGGAAUCCGGUGCUUCUUCAAAAUGCAUGGAUGAUAACCAGUACCGAAAAGAAAUGUGCACGCUUUAUUUUAUCAAAUACAAGAACUGCAGAAAGUUUUGGAAUGAGGUUAUGGCAAAAAGAAGAAGAGAUGGAGUGACACCACACAUGCCAGCAGCAGAAGAACGAGAAAGUAUUUUGACAUCUCUUGGAAGUGUACCAUAUUAAAUAGGUGAUCAGCAUUGUUUGGUGCUUUUAAACAACAUUACACCACGCUACCAUUUUGUUUGUAUGUUUUUGCUUUUUAAUUUUAGGUCAGGAUUACACAAUGUGAUUGAAGAUUGGCUCGAGCAGGAUGCCACAUCCACACGAAUUAUAAAACUCCUAUUUUUAUGUAAAUGUUUUAGAGUUUCUAAUAUGACCUAAGUGUUGUGAUACAAUUUGAAUGCCAAAAUUAAAUGUUCUAAAUCCUUUUUCUUCUUUUUUUUUUUCUUUUCAAACAUAAUUUUGAAUGAAUCAAGAUAAGACCCUACCCGGACAUGUUGUUUAGAACUAAUAAAUAUAAUAUUUUAUUGUGUAAA